AUCAGAAAUGAGCAUUGACAAAAGCCAAGUAAAAUUCUGAAUGAAUGAUGCAAAGUAGUUCUGCUCUAAGCAGAGCUCAAAGAGAGCAGAUGUUCAUAAGGAAGUGGUUUUCGUCUUGAAGUAGCCCAGAUGCACUGAAGAGGAAACAGGGUAGCUGAAUUCUCCGGAACACGAUACCGUGAAAUACCUCUCAUGUAUACAAAUCACGUGAAUUACCGCUAGAGAAGUCAGUCAACCACAAGUGUUUUUUAAUGUGUGGGGCACGAAAACAUGUCUAGGGCUUGUGUAGAGUUCGUAAAAUAAAUAAAUAAUAACUAUUGUUAACUCAGUUGAAUAAGUGCAUAAUAACGAAAACUAAACUUUAAAUUACUUUUACCACAAACCUGACAAACCUUCCAGUGAUCAUUUCAUACAACUCGGCUCUUUUCUCCUACUCUGCAGUCACAGCAGCCCCUGCUGGCAUUAAAGAAAUGAAAACUAUCAUCAUUUACGCAUCCUCAAGAUGCUUGCUUACAUGGACAGUAAAAACAAAAACAAAAAUAAAGGUGCACUGCACUUUUAAACAUAAAUGUAAUCAGUGCAAGAGUUGUGACUAGACAUCAUUACUUGUGCAUUCUGAGAUUAUGAACAAACAUACAGUCUACCAAAUUAUGUAAACAAGUAAAUUACAAACUAACUAGUAAUUCCUUAUCCCCAAUUGGAAAAUGUGUGCUCUUUAUUUAAGAUUUGUGUGCUAUGUGAUCAUUUCCUGCCUGUUAUUCACUUAAAUGUGACAUCCUGGAGGGAGGAGCUGAUAAAGCUUCUCGUGAAAUGAAACCUAAAUGAAAGAAAAGAAAGUGUUGGGUGUAGUGGGGAAAGGUAAAGCAGGGUUUGCAGGACAUCUCCAAUAAGAAAGUGGAGUAAAUAUAUUGGGUUUUAAAAGUAAAGCAGCUAUUGCUAUUGCUAUUGCUACGAUUUCUGUUGGAGAUUUUAUCAGUGGAGUGUUUCUACUUGAGAACUGACAUCAUGGCUGAAGCUUUGUCCUGUUUUGAGGAGGAUUUCACAUGCAUCAUCUGUUGUGAGGUCUUCACCGAUCCGGUCACUCUGAAAUGUAGCCACAGUUUGUGUGAGAAAUGUCUCCAGCGUUUCUGGACGACUCAGGACGUGCCGCGGUGUCCAGUCUGUCGGAAGGAAUGCUCUCACGACGAACCCACCAAGAGCCUGGCGUUCAGAGCACUCUGUGAGACCUUCAAGAAGAGGAAACCCUCCGCUGUUUCAGGAGACGUUUGUCCAGAACAUAAAGAGGAACUCAAACUCUUCUGCUUUAAGGACCAGCAGCCCAUCUGUUUGGUCUGUUACACGUCAAAGAAGCAUGAAAAGCACAAGUGUUCUCCUGUCGACGAGGCCGCUGGGAAUUUAAAGAGAGAUCUCAAGACACAAAUGAACAAACUUCAGGAGACCCUUGAUAAACUCAAGAAAGCCCGUGAGAGCUGUGUGAAACAGGCGGAGCUCAGUAAGGAACACACUAGUAUGGACGAAGUCCAGAUCAAGAAGGAAUUUGAGAAGCUCCAUCAGUUUCUUCGAGACGAGGAGGAGAAACACAUCAGAUCCUUGCGUAAAGAAAAGGAAAUUCAAGAUGGGAAACUCAAGGCUAGAAUGAAGGAGCUGUCCAAACAGAUAUCAGAUCUGUCUGAGAGGAUGGCAGCCGUCUGGAAGGACAUGGAAGAAAAAAACAUCACAUUUCUCCAGAAUUACAGCGAUACAUUAAAAAAACUCAAACGGCCAUCAGUACCACACACAACCCCUGAACAAGAAGGAUAUCAGCACCAUCAUUUUCAGACAAUGAUCUUCACCACCUGGGCCAGAAUGCAGAACCUUGUGGAAAAGUCUCCUGUGACUCUGGAUCCAGACACAGCCUCCAGUAAACUACAGGUGUCAGAGGAUCGCACCAGUGUUGAGUACAAAAAAAAGAAAAUACACGUGUCUGAUAACCCAGAGAGGCUGUGUGUGGGAGUGCUGGCGUCGCAGGGCUUCAGCUCAGGUGUGCACUGCUGGGACGUCGAGGUAAGAAACAACAACAACUGGACUCUGGGAGUAGUGGGGGAGAUGGUGGACCGCAAAAGACUUUACAAAAUGGACCCGAAGAGUCGUUUUUGGUGUUUUCGUUAUGUGGAUUAUGAAUACAAGAAAGGAAAUAAAACUAUCAGCCAUAUUAAUAGCAAUGAGAGGCCAAAUGUUAUCCGACUGCAGCUGGACUUUGAAAAAGGAGAGCUGAGAUUCAUCGACCCCUUCAGAAACAGGGUUUUGUGCACCUACACCGGUGGAUUUCCAGAGAAGGUGUUCCCAUAUUUCUGUAGCGGAGAUGUGGACAAGCCACUUAAUGUUUAUGUGGCAAAAAAACGAAACUUAUAAAUAACUUUUUUUUUUGUUACAAAUGUGGAGCGGUGGAAGGCACUCAUUUACUUAAAAACAAAUGUUUGUGACUUGUCAGAGUCAAAUUUUAGCAUUACAGAUGUUACAUCAAAGUAAAUGUUUCCAUGUCUAAGAAAUAUUCAUGAAGCAUGUAGGUGACUUAUCAACAUAUAAUACCAUGCAAAUCAUUUAGCUGAAUAUUAGCCUGAAUAGGUAAGCAAGCUAGAUUUUUUUCAAAAUAGCAGCUGUGGGGCAAAGUGAGCCAAAUGAUGUGGGGUAAAGUGAGCCAGCAUUUUACCUUACCACAUCAUAAAGCACUGAUGUAGAGUUAAAUCAUUAAAGUAUUAACUGGUAUUAUAAUGUGAUGUUACACAACUGAUUUACUUUAUCAAAUAUAUAUAUAUAUAUAUAUAUAUACGUAUUAUUUGUAGUUUUAUUUAAUAGAGAAAGUGUACAUGUGCACCAAAUCCUUCUCUGAUAAGAACCAGAAGGUGCUUUUCACAAAAUUAUAUUCAUAUAAAUAUGCACUUAACAGUUACUACUUAAAGAGUCGCUGUCCGUUUGUCAAGUGCUGAAAUGUCACUUUAAUGACUCUUCAUUGUAGUACACGAGCGUUGACUUAAUUUUGGAUAUAAUAAAUAUAAUACAAUACAAUAUUAUAUUAUAUUAUAGUGUAUAAUAUUAUACUUUACAUAAUAAUAUAUAAUAUAUUAUAUACUUUAUAUAUUUAUAUAUUAUGUUAGGUAAAAAAUGUUAGCCUGAAUGCACUGUAAGUCGCUUUGGAUAAAAGCGUCUGCUAAAUGCAUACAUUUAUUUAAAUUAAUUAAUUUAAAUCCAGUAUAGAGAGAUAUAGAGACAUUAUUUCUGGGUCCAAUACAUAGCUGGUUUUCGUGGACUUAAGCAAGUAAUAAAAAAACAUUUUUCCCCCCAGUCUUUGAAGCAUUUCCAGCAUUACUUCUUUUAUUCUUUUUAUUUUUUCAUUUAAUUUAAAUGUGUAUAUCUAUUUUUUCUGCCUUUUUUAACUAUGUCAUUAUAAAUGAAUAAAGAAAACUAGUCAUAAAGUGUACAAUAUAGCACAAUCAAAUGA